AACGCUGGAAGGAAGGGAGCGUCAUGCAAGAGAGCAGCAUUUUUUUUUUUUUUUUUAAACAUUGAGCAAUAUAAUCCAUCGCAGCAGAGCGUGUGAUAGAAACUGAUACAAAAGGAGGAGCGGAGUUGAUCGGCGUGGAGCUCAGGGCUGAAUAAGAAGCUUUAGGAGACUCGUGCUCGGCUCAGUGCCACCGAGUAUAUAUAUCUAUUUAUAUAUAUAUUUUUAACCUUUUUUGCUUUUUUUACGCGCAGAGAAUAUAACUUUUGGAUACCCUGGUGCGCCGUCUCUUUUUCCACUUACGUCUUUCUUGUGCGUCUUGCUUGACAAUCAUCUCCACGCCAUUGGAUCAUCAAAGCCUUCAACAGUUUCCUACCAAAUAUAGACACUGUUAAUGCUGCAGUGUCCUUGACGGAGCGGACCGGUGCCAAAGUUUAAAAUUAAAUUCUCAGACCAUUUUGAGUCAUUGGGGGUUGUUUUUUUUUUUUAACAACAAAAUUUGCUAUUUGGACAGGAACAUCCCGUAGUUUAUGUCUGACUCUGGUCUUGUAUUUUCUGCCUGAAAAGCAGCAUGUUGCUUUGAUACCGCUCUGACUGCUCUCAACAGAAGCCAUUUUUAAGUCUUUGGUUUUUCUGUCUGUAGUCGUUGAAGCUGCUCGAACCAUCUCUGGCCUGCAGCAUUAACCUGUGCACAUAGAUUCUUUUUUUUUUUUUUUUUUUUUUUAGAGCACAUUUCAUUUUUCUUUCGUUUCUCGCAUUUCAAACAAUGACUCUCUGUGCGUCUGGGCGCGGUGGAUGCACCAUGGCUCGUCUGCUGCUGGUGCUCGGGUUGGCGGUGGUUUUGGCUGGAGCUAAAGCCGAGCAGACUAAGCAGACCGAGGGGAGCCCACCGGCCGUCACCCUCGGGACUCUGAUCACCGGGACCUGUCGGGAGGUGCAGCGAUACGCGGAGUCCGUGCUGGGGAGCGGAGUGAUCCGAUCAGUUGCUGAGAGUGCAGUGUUGUAUCUUGAGUCAUUUCUGGGUGAGGAGAACGUCUAUACGGUGGCCAUGUUUUUUGAGAUGGUGAUCCGAUUCCUGGCUGAAGGAGCGGCCAGCGGCCUGAACGUCAUCGCCGUGUAUGUCACGGAGAUCCUCAGGGUCACAGGAUUCGAUGCUGCGGAGACUUUGCCCCGCUUCACUCCAGAGGGUGUGGCUGCCAUCGCCCAAUGGGGUCUUUUGGCCCUCAUUGGCUACUGGGUGCUGAACAUCGUUCUCCGUUUGUUUCUCUGCGUGGCAAAGCGGGUGUUCUGGGUGGUGAGAACCGUUUUGGCGCUGUGGCUUUUCGGACUGAUUGUGACGGACAAGACCGCCAGCGCGGACACCACGGCGGUGCGAGUAGGUGGCCUGGUGCUGGGAUGCGUCGUGUUGACUCUGCUCACCUCAGGAUCUGAAAACACUUGCACAGUGGAGCACAGGCUGAGCACCCUGGAGGGCCGAGUGAAGGCCGUGGAGAAGAGGAAAGUGGAGAAGUGACCAGAGAGGGGCUUCAAAAUGGACAACGGUGGUGGUUAUGUUGGAUAAGAAAAUAGUAACACUGAUGGUUUCUGUAUGUGUGUCAAACUAUUAUUGGAAAUAAAGUAACCUGAGGGAUUUGUAACCAGAAA